AUCUGAUGCUGUCAAGUCUACCGUGCACACAAAGAUGCCAUUCGGACAGCUUGUUAUCGGUCCACCCGGCUCAGGCAAGACGACUUACUGCCUAGGCAUGCAACAGUUUCUCCGACAACUCGGCAGAAAUGUAUCUGUAGUCAACUUGGAUCCAGCCAACGAUUCUCUGCCCUACCAAUCAGAUAUCGACAUGUCAGAAUUGAUAAGAGUGGAAGAUGUCAUGUCCAUGUUGAAGCUGGGACCCAAUGGAGCGUUGAUUUAUUGUAUGGAGUUCUUGGCUGAGAACGUUGAGUGGUUGAGGAGAAGACUACAGGAGCUCAAGAGUGACUAUGUCUUGUUUGACUGUCCCGGGCAGGUGGAACUCUACACACACAAUACUGCAGUUCGAAAUAUUGUCAGUGCACUGCAAAAAUGGGAAUAUAGACUUGUUUCUGUCCAUUUGGUCGAUUCACAUCACUGCAGUGAUCCAGGCAAAUUCAUUGCCGUCCUACUAACAUCACUCUCAACUAUGCUACAAAUACAACUCCCCCAUAUCAAUGUCCUAUCCAAGAUUGACUUAAUUCAACAAUAUGGAAAACUUGCAUUUGGGUUGGAUUUCUACACAGAGACAUUGGAUCUCUCGUACUUAUUGGACACUCUUAACGACGAUCCAUUCUACAGACACUACAAGAAACUGAAUGAAGCAAUCAGUGGAGUGGUAGAGGAUUUCAGUCUCGUAUCAUUCGCAACAUUAAACGUUGAGGACAAGGAGAGCAUGGCAAGCAUUCUCAAACUGGUCGACAAAGCCAGCGGUUACGUCUUCAGAGGUUCUGAGACGGGGUACAGUGACAUGGCAUCACUCAUGUCGUCCGCCACUGGAGCAGACUUCGACUUUUCUCGAGAUGCAGCCAUUCGAGAAAAGUCUACGGAACAAGAGGCUACGAGCGAUGACAACGAGCAAGAGAUGAUGUCAUAGUACACUACUGUCAUGCUUGUCAGUAAAGGUGAAGAACUGACGUUUGCUUGUAGAUCUCUACG